AUGAAAAACGAUCAGAGUGGUGACCGUCCGCGAGACCCGCGGCAUGUAUAUGCCAACCCAUUACAACCGAGUAUCUGCCCUGUAUUGGCGCUUGCAAUUUACUGGGCGACAACUUCUUUUGACACGGAUAACCGCCUGUUCCCUGGGUCGGACCAGUAUGAUCGAUUUCGGAAAUGUCUGCAACGUUUGCUAGUGGAUGAGAAGGUUGCUGCAGAGCUUAAACGACGAGGGGUCAAUUCUAACGAUUUGGGGACUCAUUUGAUGCGCAAAGGUGCUGCAACGUACUGUGCGUCAGGGUCGACAGCUUGUCCGUCAUCAACCGCGGUUCAUUUGCGUGCUGGGUGGUCUCUUGGCGGUGUUCAGAAUACCUACUUACGCUACGAGGCUGCUGGAGAUAUGUAUGUCGGCAGAACGGUUGCUGGUCUUCCAUCGGGUAGUCACGAGUUCACAAUUCUACCGCCACAUUUUGUGGAGCAAGAUGAAUGGGUAAACUUGGUGUUACAAUGGUAUUUCAAGCGAUACCCGAACAUUUACUGUUUGUUGGAGAGUUUUGCCUCGCGUCAUUAG